AUGGGAUGCAAGUUGGUUGUUCACUUCAUUGUUUGUUCUUUUUCCUCCCUAAGUGGUUUUUUCUGCGCAACGAGGGGUGUGUUUGUUUUUUUCCACCUUUUCAGAUCGCACUUUACCUCAUUUCUUAUAGCGGCUCUGGAUACUCGCUCAUGGCUUAGGCGGUCCAAUGUACCAGGAACGGUAUGA